AUGAAGCUCUUGUCUCCACACAAGCCGCAAUUUGCCUCGAAUUUUCCGCUUGCAACACCCAAGAUCUCACGGCUCUCUAAGCUACGAUGGCUCUUCCAGAGAGAGCGUCAGUUCUUGCUUGAUGAUGAAGGGCCUUUUGGGAGGCCAGUGAUCUUCACCAUCCUGUCCAGGAAGGUGACAGCCCUACAGUCUCUAGGCCAAUCCAUCCAUAUUCUAAACCUCCUCUGUCUACGCUCUGCAACGCACUCAAGUAUCACCAAGUCUCCGGACAGAGGCUUCGAGCGGCUGGAAUGCACCAAGAUCAGCACCUCUUGCCGCAGUGGUGUGGAUGAAGUCGCCAACAGCAACCAGCCCAAGAGCCUCAAGCAAGAGGUGCAGCCAUCCGAGAAACAGGCAGUGAAAGUGGCUACGGGUUGCCUCGGCCUUGCCUGA